UUAUUAUUUUUUUUUUCAGAUGAUUUGUUUGUAGAAUUGUACUGCAGUUCAUUAACUAUACUUUAGUAUACGAUUUGCUGUACAGUGUACAGCAACCAAGUUGUUUACAGUGUACAGAUACAGUCAAGGUUUAGUGUACACAAGAUGGAGUUAGAGCUAACUAGAGUAGAGUAUAUGCAGGCUGGAAUUACGAGUGGAAGAACGUUGCGUAUUCUGCCAGGACCAGGAGAUAAAUCCCAACAGAAGAUAGUUCUGGGAGAUGAUGAUGGAGUGGUUCAGGUGUUUAAUAUAAAGAGUGGAGUCCCAAAUAUAGUUUUCAAAACACUCCCUGGACCUAAAAUAAAUCGUGUUGAGCUUGGCGGGGCACUAGGAACUGUCAGGGACAAAGUUUUUGUAGCGUCUGGGAGUGAGACUCGAGGGUUUACUAAGAAAGGAAAAAUGUUUCUACAGUUUGAAACAAAUCUUUCCGAACCAAUUCAGAGUAUGUACAUAUCCGGAAGCGAUUUGUUAGUUUGUGGCAACUAUAUAUACAACCAGUAUCAUGAUUGCAAAGAUUCUAACUAUUUGUUAGCUGGGGAUAAAAUCAAUGACGUUAUUGCACUUCCGGCAGAAAAGGUUGAAGGGUUGAUACCUAUAUUAGCUUGCGCAGAUAGAAGUCUUAAAGUUCUAAAAAACAGUGAGAUACUGUACACCUGCGAGUUGCCCGGCCCCCCAACUGUCCUCCAGCUGUUUUACAACGACGGGGGUGAUGAGGGGGAGCAGGUCCUCUACGGGACCCUGGAUGGGAAGGUUGGGGUCAUGAAUAUAGGAGGGGCUGAACCAUCAGCAGGUUGGGUUUUAGAAAAGGAAGGACAGUACUCUAGUAUUCAGGUUCUGGAUAACUUUGAUAUUACAGGGGAUGGAAUGAGAGAUCUAAUUGUUGGAAGAAAUGAUGGAACCAUAGAGGUUUAUUCAUAUGAGGACGGAGAGGAAUCUGAACCUGAACUGAAGUUGACCCAUCACUGCGGUGAAAGUGUAUCUGGACUGGAGGGAGGAAUAGUUGGCUAUCAAGGCUAUGAGGAGGUUGUAGCAGCUACUUAUACUGGAAAGGUUUUUGGCCUGACAACCCUUCCAGGGGGAAGUUCUGCACUUUCAACAAGGAAGCUAAGUUCUGAUGCACAACAACGAUUGCUCAAACUGAAAUCUGAAGUCGACGAUCUACAGAAUACUGUCAGCAAAGAGAGAGAAAAAUAUCAAGAACAGGCUGCCAGCCUAUUCGGUGGAAUGUCUACAAUUCCUAAGCUCAGUAUCAACGAUAAAUUCACUUUGAAUCAGACGGAUGCAUCAUAUUCUCUUAGUCUGGAAUGUCAAACUUCUAUAGAACAUGUUUUACUACACAGUGAUGUACCUGUUGACCUGCUGGAUGUGGAAAAGAAUUCAGCUGUAGUUAGCUAUAGUACCUGCAAUCCUGAGGAUGGAAACUUUCUUCUAGCCACUUACAGGUGUCAAGCGAACACAAAUAGACUUGAGAUUAAAAUCCGUACAAUCGAAGGACAGUACGGUACCAUGACAGCCUAUAUUACACCCCGCCUACAACCAAAGUGCUGCCAGAUCCAGACUUACAAGAUCAGACCUCUUAGCUUACAUAUGCGGGCUCAUAAUAUUGAUAAGGAGAGACACUACAAUGUUUUAACACUCUCAGGCAACUUUACAUUGGCGGAAAUACACUCAUGGAUCUCUUUUUGUAUUCCAGAGGUAUCUGAACGAGUACCUGCUGGUGAUGAUGUAAAUGUUUCCUUUGUUUCAACAUUUCUUGAUACCAUCCUUCAGUGCAAUUAUUCAAAAGGUGAAAGUUCCUUUAUGUCUGAUAACAUUUCAACUAUCUCCAUCUUGAAGGAUUUUCUAACCAGGGAGGCGACAAAGAAGAAGAUUCAACUCGAGAUGAGUUGCAAGGUGAAUGACGAAAGUGUGAUUGAAACUUUGAACCAUAUUCAUCCAAAACUAGAGUCACAGUUGCUGUUGGCAAAACAGGUUGCUCUGAUAGAACCGUUAAAAGAUUUAGCUGCUCAUGAAACAGAUACAACAUUCUUAUCUCCAGAAUAUAGAUAUAUAUUGGAACAUUCAUUGCAGCUUGAGGCUCAGUUUAAAAGGCAGCCCGCCAGACUUGAACGCUUGUACGGGAUGAUUACUGAUCUUUACAUUGAUCACUUCAAAUUUAAGGGGCAGAAUGUGAAAAACCGUGUUCCACAACUACUUGAGAUUCUGGAUAAAUAUGAACAAGAGAAAUUGAUUGAUUUUUUCCAGACAGAAGUCAGUUAACUUUAGACAGAAGUCAGUUAACUUUAGACAGAAGUCAGUUAACUUUAGACAGAAGUCAGCUAACUUUAGACAGAAGUCAGUUAACUUUAGACAGAAGUCAGUUAACUUUAAACAGAAGUCAGUUAACUUUAGACAGAAGUCAGUUAACUUUAGACAGAAGUCAGUUAACUUUAGACAGAAGUCAGUUAACUUUAAACAGAAGUCAGUUAACUUUAGACAGAAGUCAGUUAACUUUAAACAGAAGUCAGUUUACUUUAGACAGAAGUCAGUUAACUUUAGACAGAAGUCAGCUAACUUUAGACAGAAGUCAGUUAACUUUAGACAGAAGUCAGCUAAAUUUAGUUAAGAGUCAGCCAACUCCAGUCAGAGGUGUACUAACUUCGGAUCAAAGUCAAUUAACUGAAAACUUCAGUCAGAAGUUAGUUUAACAUAGGUUAACCUAUCUUCCGACAGAAGUCAGUAAACAGUCAGUUAAUUUGAAAAAGAAGUAUGCUCCAUUCUCUUUACUUCUAAUAAUGUAAAGUAAAGCCUAUUUCAUGAAUUUAUAUAAACAAAACAAUGCAGGGAAAAAGUUUCUGGAACUAAAAACUUUGAGAAAAAUCCUAAGUCCUGGUUUGCUUAAAUACAAAAAUAAAAUAUGGCUUGAAAUGCAUGGAGAGAACCAGAAAACUAUGGAAUUAGAAGACGACCUUAAAGGUUUAAUUAUUUGUAUUUGAUGUAAAUAAACAGCAAACAAUUUCACGAGCAGCCCAAAAAUUAACUUAUUUAGUCAUAAAUUCAGUCUCAAAGUCGUCUUCCUGUCAAAAAUUUUCUGGUCGGUUAUCCUAUGAAAUUCCAAACAAGAAUUAACUAACUUCAAUCUGAAAAUUACUAACUUAAUAUCAGCAAUACACUUUUUAAUUUUUGUUUUAAAUUUUUCAAAUAGUAAUAAAUAAAUAAAUAAAUUAAUUAAUAUUU